UGCAACCAGCUAACGCAGACUCGUCCCAGAGUCUUUGAUUUCUGAGUUAAUUUAAACUUGAGAAAGCGCAUCUGCCGGAACGCUUCAUCAACGUGUACCGAGGUCAACUCUGGACUGGACCGUCAGCACACCUUCGUCUUCUCUGCCAGCCAAGGUGUGACCUGGAUAAACAUCCUCCGAGGUCCGGAUCUGAAAGAGGGUCCUGAGUACGACUUUCCCAUCCUCCACAUAUCUGACUCAGUCAUGGACACAACGAACACUCGUUCCUUCUCUGAGGCCGUAUGUCACCUACUUGCGUUGAUGUUGACAAUCAGUAGAGGCAUUCAUUCGAUGCCAGUGCCCACUGAUGUCCCUAUGUGCACAGCGUCUGAGACAGCCCACUACAGCCUAACGUUUACUGGAAAAUGGACUCAAGCAGCAUUUCCUAAGCAGUAUCCUGUCUACCGUCCACCUGCCCAGUGGUCCAAACUCAUUGGGGUGACCCACAGCUUCGACUACCACAUGUGGCAGAGUAAUGAAUUUGCCAGCAAUGGAGUAAGGGAGUUUGCGGAAAAAGGCGAGGCCUGGACACUCGUGAAGGAAGUGGAGACGGCCGGCGAACGCAUCCAGAGCGUUUAUGGGAUCUUCUCUGCUCCUGCUGCUGUGGGAGGCACGGGCCAUAUGAACACUGAGUUUGAGGUCUUUGCCAGACACUCGUAUCUGUCCUUUAUCGUACGGAUCGUUCCAAGUCCUGACUGGUUUGUGGGUGUGGACAGUGUUGACCUGUGUGAUGGUGACCGCUGGAAAGACAAAGUGAUACUGGAGCUUUUUCCAUAUGAUGCAGGAACUGACAGCGGGUUCACCUUCUCUUCCCCCAACUUUGAAACUAUCCCACAGGACAGAGUCUCACAGAUCACCUCCUCCUUCCCUAGUCACCCUGCCAACUCCUUUUUCUAUCCUCGCCUGAAACACUUACCACCCAUUGCCAAGGUCACGCUGACAAAAAUCAAGAAAACAAAUCAAAUCAUCAGUCUGCUGCUGGAGCCCACCCAGUCCAACCUUCUGCCAACAGGAAAUGAGAUCGAAGACAAGCUCAUAAAUACACCUCUGGACUGUGAGGUGUCAGCGUGGUCUCCUUGGGGAUUGUGCAAAGGCAAGUGUGGAGACUCAGGAGUGCAGCACCGCACACGGUAUGUUAUAAUGCAGCCAGCCAACAGUGGAGCAGCCUGCCCCCUGCUGGAGGAAGAAAGGAAGUGCUUCCCGGACAACUGUUUAUGACUAGGCCGGGACAGGAGGGAGAAGAAGGAGAGGAAGGACAGACGAAAGACAAAAGAGAGGAAAUCUAGAAAAGGACGGAAGGGACGAAGACGGUCUAAGAACAGUAAACGGUCCACUGUAUAUUGACAUAAGGCUUAAAAAGAAGAGAUUAAAUUGUGUUUCCUCUCACUGGCCUUACCCGAUCAACUGGUUUUAGCAGGAAGAGUGUGACCCUGUGAUAGAUUUCUCAUCUGAAGGGCAUUGGAUAGCUGUGCCAGUGCUGAACAGGUGUAGUUUUGCCAAACAGCAAUUUAGACACCACUUUAGUUCUGGCAUAUUAUCAAAUAAACUAGUGAAGAGCAAAGCAACUUUGAACAAAGCUGUUAUUAAAAUGCAACGCAGUUGGUUAUGUUUUAAUUUCUAAGGCUAAUAACUUUCAUUUUACCUAUCAUCAUCUUAAAUAUCAUCCACAUGCUGCCCCACCCGACUAACUGAGGUUGUUCUCCUCAAACAAAAAUACUAUAUUUAUUGACAGGAUGGUAACCUGUCAUGUACAGUAUGUAUAGUCCCAAAUGUGUACUCUUAUAUGUAAUUGAGGUAUUCGUUUAACAGGAGCAUAGGGUUUUGUGGAAAAAAUCUUUAGAAAUGUACAAAACAAAAUGUUUUAUGGAAGAAUUUAAUAAACUGUAAAUGUAUCAUUUUGAA